CGCAGCGUAUACCUUCCCAGACUCUCUCAACACUCCAGCAUUGCUGUGCAAGCAGAUGUUUCCUCUCCGGUGCCAAUUCUUACAAUUUUCGCAUUUGGAGAAGGUGUUCUUUCGCGCGAAAGGCUGCAAAGUGACAAGAAGCAAGAGAAACUGCCCCCCUCCUCGGCUUACUGAGAGGGCAGAGUUGUGAGCGGAGUGCGGCUUUGGAGUAAUACAGUAGCCUACAGAGAACCCGCGGCGGCGAGCAAGGGAGCAGCUUAUUCACCACACCUGUGAUGCGUUGUUCAGAGCAACGAGGACGCACGACCGGGAUGCUGAUGGCCACAGUACGGCAGAAGGAUAUGUGUUGAGGAAAAGACUUGGGCGUUGUGAAAAAGGCGUUAAGUGCUACAGAGGACACUCUUCGGACCUUAAAAAGCCCAGCGUGCCAGUGUUUCUCCUCUGCUCCCUGCCUUUUGAAACUUAGGCGAUAAAAAAACACGAAGAUGCCCUUACUUCGGGGCCCCUUUGUCCGCUGUUGGUUCAGCGCUACGCUCCUUGUGCUCUGGCUCGUCUUCGCUGGCUUUACCUGCACUGGUUCCGAGCAUGUCGCCACAGCAACACUUCCUGCCGCCUUCUCUGACCUGUUACCUCACUUCCUGGUGGAGCCAGAGGACGAGUACAUUGUGAAGAACAAGCCGGUGACACUGACCUGCCGCUCCACCCCUGCCACGCAGAUCUACUUCAAGUGCAACGGCGAGUGGGUUCACCAGGAUGACCACAUGAUUGACCGGACAGUUGACCCAGCAUCAGCACUGCCAGUCAUGCAGGUGACAAUUGAGAUUACCAGACAGCAGGUGGAGAAGAUCUUUGGUCUUGACGAGUACUGGUGUCAGUGUGUCGCCUGGAGCACCACCGGAACCCAGAAGAGCCAAAAGGCGUACAUCAGGAUUGCUUACCUGAGAAAGAACUUUGAGGAGGAGCCGCAGGGUAAAGAGGUGGCAUUGGACCAGGAGGUGUUACUGCGCUGCCAUCCCCCCGAGGGAGUGCCACAAGCCGAGGUGGAGUGGCAGAGAAACGAGGAUGUUGUCAACCCAGCAAGUGACCCCAAUUUUUUCAUCACGGCCGACCAUAAUCUCGUCAUCAAAAAAGCGCGGCUGGCGGACACAGGCAACUACACGUGUGUGGCCAAAAACAUUGUCGCUCGCCGCAAAAGCACCUCUGCCACGGUCCUAGUCUAUGUUAACGGCGGCUGGUCCACGUGGACCACCUGGUCGUCCUGCAGUGCUGUGUGUGGGCGUGGCUGGCAGAAGAGGAGUCGGAGCUGCACCAACCCCACGCCACUGAAUGGAGGCACAUCCUGUGAGGGGCAGAACGUCCAGAAAAGUGCCUGCGUGGCCACCUGUCCAGUGGACGGAGGUUGGAGCGAGUGGAGCAAGUGGUCUGCGUGUGGUGCAGACUGUUCGAUGUGGAGGAGCAGGGAGUGCACCCAGCCCUCACCUGGCACCGGGGGCAAAGACUGCCAGGGGCUUGACCUUCAGUCUCUCAACUGUACCAGCGAGCAAUGCCCGCAGACUGUGAGCGGGGCCGAGGACGUGGCACUCUAUGUGGGCAUGGUGGCAGUGGCUCUGUGUCUGACUCUGCUGCUCAUUGUGGUGGUCCUGGUCUACCGGCGCAAGAAGGAGGGCCUGGAUGCCGACGUGGCGGACUCCUCCAUCCUCACCACUGGCUUCCAGCCCAUGGGCAUCAAGCCCAGCAAGCCAGGUGUGUGGGCACCGCGGCCACGCAGGCCUCCCCUCCACAGCAAGAAUUCCCAUUUGCUCACCAUCCAGCCUGAUCUAACUACCACCACCACCAGUUACCAAGGCACCCUACGUUCUCGCCACGAUGCCACUGGGAAAUUUUCAAUGACCAAUGGGCCUCUGCUGGACCCGCUUCCCAACGGCUCGCACACUCUGCACAACGGCAAGCUUAACUCAGACCCUGCUGAGUUUGUGAGCAGGCUGUCCACUCAGAGCUACUUUAAAACGCUGCCCCGCGAUGUAGCUAACACCUCCUAUGGGACCUUCAAUUUCCUCGGUGGGAGGCUGACGAUCCCAAACACAGGAAUCAGUCUGCUCAUUCCUCCCGAGGCCAUCCCCAGAGGAAAGAUCUAUGAGAUUUAUCUCACUGUUCAGAGGAAGGAAGACUUAAGGUUACCCCUGGCUGGUUGCCAGACCCUGCUCAGCCCCGUUGUGAGUUGUGGCCCUCCCGGGGUGGUCCUGAGCCGGCCAGUUAUCCUCAGCAUGGACCACUGCUCUGACGCAUGCCUCGAUAACUGGGCCGUCCGCCUCAAGAAGCAGAACUAUGAGGGCGCUUGGGAGGACGUCCUGCUGAUGGGGGAGGAGCUGGUGUCGGAGCCCUAUUACUGCCAGCUCGAGGCGGAGACGUGCCGGCUUUUCUCGGAGCAGCUGGGUACUCUCGCCCUGGUGGGAGAGUCCCUGCACAUGGGUGCUGCCAAGCGCCUGAGGCUGGUGCUCUUCUCUGAUGCGUACUGCUCCACACUGGAGUACAACAUCAGGGUCUACUGCAUGGACGACACACAGGACGUCUUCAAGGAGGUCAUGCAGAUGGAGCGGCAGCUCGGGGGUCGGCUGAUUGACGAGCCUCACGUCCUGCUUUUCAAAGACAGCUACCACAACCUGCGCCUGUCCAUCCAUGACAUGCCCCAGGCGCACUGGAGGAGCAAACUGCUAGCCGGCUACCAGGAGAUCCCGUUCUACCACAUCUGGAACGGUUCCCAGCGGUACCUACACUGCACGUUCACUCUGGAGCGGCUCAGUCUCAGCACCUGUGAGCUCACCUGCCAGCUGUGUGUGUGGCAGGUGGAGGGGGAGGGACAGAGCUUUAGCCUUGACUUUAACAUUGCCAAGGACACCCGAGCUGUGGACUCUGAGUUUCUGUUAAUGGACAAUAACGCCACAGCUCUGGCAGGGCCCAGCGCCUUUCAGAUCCCGUACCUCAUCAGGCAGAAGAUCUGCAGCAGCCUAGAUGCCCCCUGUCCCAACGGAGCCGACUGGAGAAUGCUAGCACAAAGACUUAAACUUGAGAGACACAUGAGUUUCUUUGCAUCCAAAGCGAGCCCAACCUCUGUGAUCCUGGACCUGUGGGAGGCACAACAUUUCCACAGCGGCAACAUCAACCAGCUGGCCACGGUCAUGGCCGACAUUGGCAAACAGGAAGCCAUGAUAUUCCUGGUCUCUGAUGGCGAGUGCUAACCCAGAAAAGGGGGAGAGACUGGUGCAGAGGAAGAGAUCAGAACACGACAACACACACACACAAAAAAACCCAACAGUAACUGCAGCCAUCGAAGAGCAGAGCUGUCCCAAUGUCCCUCUUCACUUCAGAAGAUAGUAAAGGGUUUAUGUAAGACUGAGUCCCUAUUUCCCAUCGAACAGUAAAACCCUUUUAAUGACGGAGCAAACGAGGGACCAGUGGAGUUUGGGUGUGUGCGGCGGAAAUGUAUUCAUGAACUCAGUACAGAAAAUACCCUUUAUUUUCCAUCAGUGAUUAAGUUAAAUUAGUCCACACCCUGGUUCUACUUUAAAGAUAACAUUAAAUUAACUUCAUGUCUUUUAUAUGAAUAGGCCAGUUAUGACUAAUAAGGAGCGAUAUGCAAACGUAAUGCCCAAUACUGCAAAUUCAAUGAAUCAUUUUUGGACUUGGAUUAAACAAAAUGAUGGAUGACAUAUUAAAUAUUAGAUAAAAAGGGAUGUGACAAAAUGUGCCGGUAACUUUGGGUUAAACAGGCGACAUAUGCAAUUGGCACGUUCAUUAUAUGGCAUUAUGACUUAGAUGCUGAACACAGUUCAUCUCAUAUGCGUCAUUUCUUAACACACACACACACACGGCUUGUAGCACAUCCUGGACUUGCAGGUUUAAAAAUAGAUUGUAUGUCAAGAAGCCCCAAAAACUCCGUCUCAUCUUGUUUGUGUUUUUUAGUCCAGCCGGUAUCACUACUGUGAAUGUAACAUCUUGACAUCUUGAUCCAGCGAGACGCUUCACAGCUUUCCUGCUUCUAAAUCAAUAUGUGGGGUUUGUUUUGUUUUUUUAACUUUUCUGAGGGGGGUUGAGUAAUAUCUUCACUAAAAGGCAUAUUUCAGAAGCCAUUCCUAUUUAAAGCCUGUGAUUUUGAUCCGUCCAGUUUGUCACGUCUUUCAUUACCCCAAUUGUUCAUUGUGGCGUUUUUCUAUUUCAAAUUCCACAGCUAAUGAAGGAGCCAUAGGGCUGAAAGGCGUUCCAGCUGCAUAUAUGUGAACUAUGAAUGUCGUCAAAACUCAUUUCUAAAAUGACAUUUUCCCCCUGAUUACAUUCAUUCUGUGGCAGAGGAUGUUAAACAUAAAAGCAUGGCCAAAAGGGUUCUUUUCCCAUAUGAAUAAUAUACAGCACUUUCCAACAACAAAUUCUUCAAAAUUGUCACCAGAUUUCUCACGUUGAAAGGGUCAUCGUGCAUGUGUGUAUAAUUCAUAAAGCAAUGUUAGUGGGAAUUCUAUAUUUGCUGUGUGGCAAACAGUAUUUCCACAUCAGAGAAACGCCCGUCUCAGAGAAAGUUAAGAGUGGCUUAUUCCUAAUGUCACGCCUUCGCUCAAAAGAUGCUUAGAAAACGUUUUCCCCAUUUCAUUUCUAGCCAGGAUGGCAAAAAUGAUCUAGCAGAUGCAACAAACUAUGAACUGCAACUACGCAGUGGCUUAUCAUAUCUAUAUCUUUGCAUUAAUUUACAGUGUUCUUUAUUUUUUAUUAAUGGAUCUGUGAGGUCAGGCAACAUAAAUACACAGUAUCUUUAAAGCCCACUGGUUCAGUAAUUAUCCUUUGGAAAGGUGUGAGCAAUCCUAAAUUAGCCAUAGUUCUCUCUCAGUCUGCCUCAGGGUUGCAUGUGAAGUUGUCUGUUAAAGUUGUAAAGAGAGCCCUUUUCAUUAAACCCCUUCUUAUACAAACUAACACAGCCCAUCCUACCAGCUCCUGUGGCUUCAACCUUUAACACGAACUGGAGCCUCUUUUAUGAUUGUCAGAUAUUAGAAUGUACAUUUGUUUCCGGGGGGUGGGGGAGUAUUUCUUUACUUUGUUUCUUUUACCCUUUUUUAAGUCUUAGACGUUACCUUGUUUUGUGUGGUAUCUCAGCACCUGGUAGCUCUUCAGCCUCUUUUUCAUCCCACACGCCUCCUCCUGCCCAACAUGUUUUUACAAACCCCUGUCCUAUUUGAUGUAGAGAUGCCAUGGAAUAACAUGUUACCUUUUUUAUUAUUAGAAACCCUUGGAUUAAGCCCCUUUCAAACAAAAUGGCGAUAUCAACUUAAAUAAAUCUUUUCAUGUUGAAAUGGAUCAUCGCCACAUGUAAUAUGUAAAUACUUUUUCUAUACCAGCCAUGUGCUGUCACUUUGCAUACUGUAUAUCAGCAAAAUUGGUAACCAAAGUUUUAUGAAUAUCAGUUGAGGCCACUACAUCCUCAUAUUGUAUCCAUUCAAUAUUGUUUCAGCAUUGUUUUACUUGCAACUAGUAUAGAAUAAGUCAGAGUUGCUGUCUCUUCUAAACUGUGGAUUUAAAGUCCAAAUAAUUUCUUUGUCCAAUUUCCUCGCUUUUGUCUUUGAGGCAAGUUAAUGCUGUCUGUUCAAGCAGUAAUGUCAGUUUAUUUUAUCACUUUGUAAAGAAAUGUAAAUUAUAUUUUAAUAUGAAGCCAAAAAAAGACACUUAACUGGCGCAGCAUUUGUCAAGUCUAAACCGUGACGUGUUUGCCUAUAUACUGUUCUUUGGCGAUCUAGCAGUGAAGACUUUUUGCAGUGUUAAGGGUUUAGAGACUGUUUUACAGGAAGUUUCUAUACAUAUUUUGUUUGUCCUUACUCUGCAUAUGUCUACCUGAUUAUUGCUCUAACUGUAAGCAUUUAAGUACAAGGUGGAAAUAGUCACUAACGCUUAGUGAAUCACAACACUGGGACUAUGCGGGGGCUAAUCGGAGAAAGAGGCCAUCAGUUCUUGGUCACCGAAAAGCCAGUGUGAACACAGCACGCUUAGAUGAGCCAUGGCAGUUGUACAGUCAGACUGCGUGCAAAAUUUUUAUCACCUGUCAUUGUCUUGGAUGUGUUGUCUAAGCACAUUUCAGUAAUGUAAUUCACCAGCCACCAGGAUGUUCAGCAUCCAUCUUCACAUCUUUCUUGUCCAACAAAUCUGCAAUUAGUGUGCGUUUGUGUGAUGAAUACUGUCCCCUUCAUGGUGAAAUCUGGGCCUGCUCGUUCUUUGUAAGACUCGUGUCAGUAACAUACAUGCUUUGUUCAAAGGUUUGUAAGUUUACCCAAUGAGUUAUGAGGGAAAAAUUGUUGCAUCUUAUAACUGUACUUUUUGUGUCACUCAUUACUAUUCAGUGUCAAGGACGUGUGUGUGUGUGUGUGUGUGUACCUCCCUGUCACUCUGACUGAACAGUUUUCUUUCUGAACUAAGAACAAUAGACUUCUGUACUUGUGAAUGGUUUUUCUAUUUAGUUCCUUGCCUUUCUGCAAGUCAAAAAUGCUGUAUUUAUUACAUGCCACAGCGCUUAUGCAAUUGUAUAAUCCUUUUGUUGUUUUUUUUUAACCUUUUGUGUUACUUAUCGUUAAUGUAAAUUGUCGUCAAACCUUUUGUGGCAAUGGGAAAACUCCUAAGGGAGAUUUUCUGUACUUUUUGGACAAUGAUAUGGAUUUGUGGGUAGAAUUUUGGAAAUUCGUUUCUAAGUGCUUUCAAGUAUUUACUUGGCCUUAUGUAUAUAUAUAUCUAUGACAUUUCAGAAAGGUAUGUAUAGUAAUUCAACCUGAAAUUGUUGUAAAUAAAUUAUAUAUUGUUAAAUCAA